CACAACAUGGUCAACAUAAUAGCGCGCGCGCGGAAGCUGCAAGAGCUGCUAUGGAUACGGUGUGGGCCGGGCGCAUUGGUGCUGCCCAAGGAGGUGUCGAAGAUUAGCAUGGAGUUCAACACCAAGAUCUACGGCGGACACAGAGGCGCGAGGAAAUUCUGGCGCGAAAUGCUCCCCCGAAUAAAAUACCGCAACCCCUCAGUCCCCAUCGAAAUCAGCCGCCACACCUCCCCCGACGGCCCGGCGUUGCUGCACAUCUACACAAAGACCACCCCCAACACGCCCGACGGCUCGUCCAACACCUCCGUUCCCAGCUUGCACACCCAGUCCGGCACAGCAGACACACCGCCCUCUAGUACCCCGAACGCACGAAACACGCUGGUCCCCGACGCCACAAAACCUACCUACAGCAUCAACAUCCGCGACCAGCAGCACAGCGAGAUUCUGGACGCGCUGCUGGCGAAGCUGCCGGAGAGCGAGGUUGUGAGGCCGACGCCCGAGGAGGAACAGCAGAUGGUUGACAUGGCCGAGUUCAAGGAGAGGAGCGAGGCGGAUCGUGUGCUUGUGCGGGAGAAGCUCAUGAAGGAGCGCCGGGAGGCGGAGUUGUUGCGGUUGGCGAGGGGUGAGACGGCUGCUGCUGCUUAGACCGGGAAUCUGUAUGGAGAAGGAGAGGGGAAGAGGAGGGCUGUAUGAGUAGCAUGGUGUUGAACAUGGCGUGAUCACGGCUUGCGAAGAGUAUGGGAUAAGACGUGUAUAAGUAUGUGUAGCAAACGUAUCCAUCCAGAUCCAACGCAGCCCGGGACGCAGUACGAAGGCAUCCAUGGUUUUGGUCAUGCCCUCGCACUGAUUGCGCGGUCAUUGCAAUCCUUGAAUACUAUGCUGCUUGGCUACCCUAGGGGAACGGAGGUAUACACAUGUGUGAGAGAGAACUGACGACCGCAGCAGAGGCAUACGAAAUCGAGAAGUCACAAGCUAGACCAGGAGACAGUGGACGUGAACAUUGCGUUGUCUCCGUAAG